UACAUUGGAGCAUCUCAUUCUUGAAUUCACACUAUAACUUAGGAGAAUGUUUCGAGGCGAGCCCAUAGUCCACCUUUUCUGUCCCGAAGUGAAGUCCAACUCUAUUAACGGUUUCCAUCUCUAACUCAGUUAUCUCAAAUAACCACAAUGAGAGAAAUUUUACACGUCCAAGCUGGUCAAUGUGGAAACCAAAUCGGUACCAAAUUUUGGGAAGUGAUUUCAACCGAACAUGGAAUAGAUCCAACUGGAGAAUAUAUCGGAGAUGAUGAUCAACAAUUGGAAAGAAUUGAUGUCUAUUACAAGGAAGGCCAAGGUUCCAAAUAUGUUCCAAGGGCGAUCCUCGUUGACCUGGAACCGGGUACCAUGGAUUCUAUCCGAUCCGGUCCCUAUGGAGCACUUUUCAGGCCCGACAACUUCAUAUUUGGUCAAAGUGGUGCUGGUAAUAAUUGGGCCAAAGGUCACUACACCGAGGGAGCGGAAUUAGUGGACCAAGUUCUGGAUACUAUGCGGAAAGAAGCCGAGAGUUGCGAUUGCAUCCAGGGCUUCCAGUUGUCACACUCUCUUGGGGGUGGUACAGGUUCUGGAAUGGGUACCCUUAUUUGCAGCAAAAUUCGAGAGGAAUAUCCCGACCGAAUUAUGAACACAUUUUCUGUGGUUCCAUCUCCUAAGGUAUCAGAUACUGUAGUAGAACCAUACAACUCUACCUUAUCAGUUCAUCAGCUGGUAGAAAAUACUGAUGAGACUUUCUGUAUCGAUAACGAAGCUUUAUAUGACAUCUGUUUUAAAACAUUAAAGUUAACGACGCCUACUUACGGCGACCUGAAUCAUCUGGUUUCGGUUACCAUGUCUGGAAUCACAACAUGUCUACGAUUCCCGGGUCAACUAAACGCCGAUCUAAGGAAACUGGCAGUUAACAUGGUACCAUUCCCCCGUCUUCACUUCUUCAUGCCUGGGUUCGCUCCCCUCACCUCCAGAAACAGCCAGUCGUAUCGUGCCCUGUCCGUUCCAGAACUAACCACGCAAAUGUUUGAUGCCAGAAAUAUGAUGGCUGCCUGUGAUCCACGUCACGGUCGCUACUUGACGGUGGCUGCUAUUUUCAGAGGUCGUAUGUCCAUGAAGGAGGUGGAUGAACAGAUGUUAAACGUUCAAAAUAAAAAUAGCAGCUACUUUGUUGAAUGGAUCCCCAACAACGUCAAAACAGCGGUAUGCGAUAUCCCACCACGCGGUUUAAAGAUGGCAGCAACCUUUAUUGGUAACAGCACAGCCAUUCAAGAACUGUUUAAGAGAAUAUCAGAACAAUUUACUGCUAUGUUCAGAAGAAAGGCUUUCCUCCAUUGGUAUACUGGUGAAGGUAUGGAUGAGAUGGAAUUUACAGAAGCCGAAUCUAACAUGAACGAUCUGGUAUCUGAAUAUCAACAAUACCAGGAUGCUGUAGUCGAUGAUGACCAGGAAUUUGACGAUGAAGGAGAAGCUGAAUCAAUUCUUGAAUAAGAAGUGCUCUGAUACCAAUAGCAGUGUAAUGACAAAUUUUAAGUCUAAUAUAACUGGUAUAUUUUUUUUCUCGGUACACACCAAAUCGAUAGAUUCCAUAUGGAAAAAUAUCUACAAUUGGUGUACAAAGAAGUCUACAUGAUUAAACGUCCUGUGUAAACAUGCUUAUAUCUCUCCACGCAAAAUAUCUUGACAAUUUAAAUUGCACAUUGGACAAAUUCUACUUGCACUAAAUGUUUACGCAAUCGAUCGUGACUUAUUUUCUGCUUUUGAUACAUAAUAUAGAACGACGCCAUGCACAUACCUGUAAUGGAUACAUAUUAAUAUAAUUAUUAUGCUAUAUUGUGGAUCUAACACCUUUUAAAUUUAUUGUUAUCUAAUGUUAUCUCAGACGCGCGUAAUAUUUAUUUGCGACAUCCACUGAUGAGGGAAACUGGGUACGGAAGAUGAGGUCUCAGAAAAUUGCAAUUCAAAAAAUGAAUUUGUUCCUUAGUAUAUUUUUCUAAAACUAAUUUAACGUUACUUUUCGAUAAAAUCGAGAUAAAUUUUCAAACCAA